AGUCCGAAAUAGCGCGUCGAGCGUCAAUCCGAUCACGAAGCAGCAAAAAUCGUUCCAAGUUCGAAGCCCAACAGCCGCAAAAAUGGCAGAUGAGUCUACUCCCCGAAUCAACGCCUCAUACCUCGAGAGCUUCCAAGGACAGCGCGUGCGUUUCGUGGGCAAAGUUGUCAGGCUUCAGGGAGAUCGAGCAACGGUGGACUGCGCGGGGCAGAUCACCUUGAUCCUUAACCGAGACAGUCAUCUGGUCAUGAAUCACGCGUUCGAAAUUGUCGGCCAGGUUACGCCAGACCUGAGCGUCCGGGUCAACCAGGCGCUCGACUUUGGUACCGACUUUGACUUCAACGCCUACGAGGCUGUCGUCAAUGCCACGCACAGACAUAAGGAGAUCUUCUACGGCGCAGACAUGUAGGCCGCUGCCCACGCUGCAGAACUCGAGGAUCAAGCUCGCAUGGGACGAGUGGCAUGAGCUCAAACGCUGGGCUCUGGAAUCUUGAAGAUGAAAAAAAGUGCACAAGGACAAGCUUCUGCGAUGUUGGCGCUGAAAAACCAGGCUUCAUAUUAAUAUUGAUAUUGGUCGGCCCCAAGAGUGGGAGACUCGUAUCAAUGCCAUGAAACAUUUCCUGUCCAAAUUCACCAGCCUGCCGUCAC